GCUUCUGUGGCGCCGCGCGGCACAAGCUCGCGAAGGACUUCUUGGCCAAAGGUCAGUACCUGAAAGCUAUCCCCGCUGCGCAGAAGGCCAUUGCCAGCUAUCAGGCAGUUGGCUCUGCUGAGGAGGCAGAGCAAGGCAGCUGCUGGAUCACCCUGGCCGAGGCUCAAUGCCAGGCCCAUGAGAUGCCCAAAGUUCAGGAGUCCGUCUCACAGGCACGCGCCAUCUUCGGGGGCCUUGCGGAUGUGGUGUCAGAGGCAAAGGCCAUGGGCAUCUUAGUAAAGUCCUACAUGCAAAAUGACUCGCCGGGCGAAGCGGUUGGCGUGGCGAAGGAGACUGUGACGCGUUUCCGCGAGGCUGGAGAUCGCCCUGGAGAAUGCCACGCUUUGCUGUCUUUGGCCAAGCUUCUCCUGCCCUUGGAUCCGGAGAAGGCAGAGAAGAUUGCUGUGGUCGCAACCGGUCUCAUGGAGAGCCUUGGCAUGAGGGAGGUCGAGGAAUGCCGAGCUGUGAAGGCUCGCUGCGAGCAUGCCAAGGCGGCCUCCGAGGUCGAGGCUACGAUUUGGAAGCGGAAGGACUUCUUACACGUGCCAAGAUCGCUCAUCGUCGACCCCGGUGGCCGUGGGAGACUUCAAAAUGAAUUUGCAGAGUUCGCGAAGGCAGCUUAA